CACUAUCAAUAGCUGCUCAGUGUUCCUUUCAACAAAUGGUGUGGGUGAACAGCGCAUGCGCGUGACCGAGCUCAACGAAGCAAAGUCGGGCUGAUCCAAGGGGUCCACAUCAAAAAUAUCCAAAAAUAAGAGAAACGCUAACGGAGCUUAGUUCCUCCCUCAGUCAUGUCUGGGUUUCUGGACGGGAUCCGAUGCGGGGACUGCGAGUGCAGUGUGGACUGGGGCGAAAAAAGAAACUCAAUCGCCUCCAUAGCUGCUGGAGUUCUGUUCUUUACUGGUUGGUGGAUCAUCAUAGAUGCAGCAGUGAAGUAUCCGCAACAGGCUGAGUUCCCCCAUGCUUAUCACACAUGUGGAGUCAUUGCUACAUUGGCUUUUCUCAUGAUAAACGCUGUGUCAAAUGGCCAGGUGAGAGGUGACAGCUACAGUGAAGGCUGCAUGGGACAGACAGGCGCUCGUGUGUGGCUCUUCAUUGGCUUCAUGUUGGCUUUUGGCUCACUCAUUGCUUCCAUGUGGAUCCUGUUUGGUGGUUUUGUCGUCCCCGAUUCAAACGAGUCAACAGACCAGCCUCCCACUAACGUUACCCUUCCAAGUACGAUUGAAGCAAAGCCUGUUGUGUACCCAGGGAUAGCCAUUUUCUUUCAGAAUGCAUUCAUUUUUUUCGGGGGUUUGGUGUUCAAGUUUGGACGUACAGAGGAUCUGUGGCAAUAGCUGACUCCCAAGUGUAUCUGUCCAUCGUUAAAAAAACAGCUAUGUUGUAUGAGACAGUAUGCUCCCGGCUUCAGCAAUUACUCAUCGCUUUAUACGUUUUAUUUUUUAGAGUUCAGAAUUUUCAUAUUUAAUUUAUGUUUUUUGUUGCCGUUUAAAAAAAAAAAAAAAACUAAA